AAUCAGCUGUUUACUUCAUUAAAAAGUUUUUACAAAUAUAAACAAUUUUUUUUAACGAUUUUUAUCAAGAUGGAAGUUGUUCAUUGUACUCCCUUAGAGGAGGAACUUUUACCAGAACGAGAAAUUCAUUGCACGUUUAAUGGUUGUAAAUCCGUUUUUACAAAUGCUGGUAACAUGGAUAUGCACCUACAACGGCAUCAUGGCAAAGAACCUAAGAAAAGAUCAGAUUUUACUGGAAAGGUGUGUGUUUUCCAUUGUCCAAAAGUACAGUGUACAUAUCACGAACAACAUGCUGGUAAAUUGCAUUUCAAAACACUAAAAUACUUGCGACAACAUUACAAAAAAGUGCAUGCGUCUAAAAUGAAUAUCUGUGAUAGAUGUGGAAAGGCUUUUAUCAGUGUCAAUCAGCUAAAGACACAUAUGGAAAAACUGUGCGGCAUCAAAUACACCUGCUUGGAGUGUGGUUGGGAUUAUAGCAGUAAAGAAGCACUAUUGACACAUGGUAAACGCAAAGGACAUAAAGUGCGAGACAACGUUUUGGUUGAAAUAACAUCAAAACAUCGACAAAAAACACAAUCACAACAAAUAGCAAACCAAAGUAAUGAUCAGGAAACGCAAACUGAAGUUUUUCCUAUGUCAAAAAAUGUUACAAAGAGCGAUAUAUCGACAGAAACAGAAGAUUAUAACGCAUAUAGUAAACAUGCGUCAACGAAUACACAUUCACCUACUGAUAUUGAAACCCAAACAGAAAGUAAUAUGUUAAAUACAAUGGAACAUACCAUCUACAACACCUUAAAUACAGCAAUGAACAACUCGUUGCCAACUGUGCAGUUCGUGCCUCCUUCCACCCAUACAUACACACAAACAUAUGAUGAUUUGUUCACUGAUUCUCUGCUGGGUUUCACUGAUAUUCAAACACAAACCAAUUGGUCUAGUUUCGCUGAUGCCGCCACAGACGCAGCAAGUAAUGAAGACAUUUCUGUGCAUCACUACAACACAUCCAGUGCAGGCACAUGUACACGCUGUGCGUCCGAUGAGUUGUUAGUGUCGACAGAAACACAAACCAGUUUCACGCAAUGUUUACUCGAAUCGCGCACAGCUAAUGGUGACACAGAGGAUGGAAACUUUAGCCUGUAUCAAACUCAGCAUACGCAAACUUGUGACAUGCUACUGGGUGCACUUUUUGGGGCACAAGAGAGUGAUUUGAUUGCGGGGUUUCAAUCCACCUAUACGCAAACAUGAUGGUUCGACUUGGACUUGCAUGUCAUGGGAGAUAGAGAGGAGCAAAGUUGGAAAAGUCAAGCCGAGUAAAAUUAACAACAAAAAAAAAUAAAAUAUAUAUAUAUGUAUUUUAUAACUUUUGCAUA